AUAAUACUUUCUCUUCAAUUUCUUUGUAUCAUUAAUUGUCGAAGACUUGGAGUCAAUGUUACUUGUUGCGCAAGGCAGAAUUAUUAUCAUCCCGUCUUUGUAGGUCUCUCCUCAGAGAGAGUAUCACUUCUUUCUUCUCGUAUUCUCUUACUGCAAUACAGGUCGUUCGCUCUUGGAAAGAUGGCCGAACAAAUUGUAUACGGUGUUGAUAACCUUUUGAUGAAGGUGGGUUGUGUGGCUGUUGAAGAAAUCGGAUUGAUGUAUGGUGUCCCAAAGGAGCUGACCAAGCUUCAGGAGACGCUGUCCACCAUCAAAGAUGUGAUCCUUGAUGCUGAGGAGCAGCAGCAGAUAAGUGAGCUGGGGAGGAGCCGUGCAAUAGAAAGUUGGGUGAGGAGGCUUAAAGAUGUUGUUUAUGAUGCUGAUGACCUGUUCGAUGAUCUUGCAGCUGAAGAUUUGCGGCGAAAGACCGAUGUGCGGGGAAGAUUUGGGAGACGGGUAAGUGACUUCUUUUCGUCUUCAAAUCAAGUUGCUUUUCGUGUUAAGAUGGGUCAUAGAGUAAAGGAGGUUAGAGAAAGAAUGGAUUUGAUUGCAAAUGAUAUAUCCAAGUUCAAUUUUAAUCCGAGAGUCAUAACUGAGGUACGGGCGGAGCAUAGGGGGAGAGAGACGCACUCUGUUGUGGAGAAAUCUCAUGAAAUUGUGGGUAGAGAUGAAAACAAAAGGGAAAUAAUAGACUUGUUGAUGCAAUCAAGUACUCAAGAAAAUCUGUCGAUUGUUGUGAUUGUAGGCAUGGGAGGCUUAGGCAAGACCACCCUUGCCCAGUUGGUCUGCAACGACCAGAGGGUGGUGAAAUAUUUUGAUCUUAAGAUGUGGGUGUGUGUUUCCAAUGAUUUCGAUGUAAAAAUACUGGUUAGCAAUAUCAUAAAGUCUGCAACUAAUAAGGAUGUGGAAAACUUGGAGUUGGAUCAGUUGCAAAAACUACUUCAGCAGAACUUAGAUGGGAAGAGGUAUUUGCUUGUUUUAGAUGAUGUCUGGAACGAGGACUUAAAGAAAUGGGGUCAAUUGAUUACUUUGCUGCCUGCUGGAGCUAAUGGGAGUAAAAUCUUUGCGACCACUCGAAGCAUUGGAGUUGCAUCAGUUAUGGGAAUUAAUUCCCCAUAUGUUUUGGAAGCUAUAAAAGAAGACGAAUCUUGGGAUUUGUUCGAAAGUCUUGCAUUUAGAAAAGGAGAAGAGAAAGUGCAUUCAAACCUUGUAGCCAUAGGAAAAGACAUUUUAAAGAUGUGCAAAGGAGUUCCUCUUGUCAUUGAGACUUUGGGCAGAAUGUUGUACCUCAAAACUCGAGAAAGUCAAUGGUUGAGCAUUAAAAACAAUAAAAAUCUUAUGUUGCUUGGAAAUGAAAAUGAUAUUUUGUCGGUGUUGAAGUUAAGCUAUGACAAUCUACCGAUCCAUUUGAAACAAUGUUUUGCCUAUUGUGCAUUGUUUCCCAAAGAUUAUAGGAUCGAGAAAAAGUUGUUAGUACAAUUAUGGAUGGCACAAGGUUAUCUUCAAGCUUCUGAUGAGAACAAUGAUUUAGAGGAUGUUGGUGAUCAAUAUUUUGAGGAUUUAUUCUCAAGGUCAUUGUUUCAAGAGGCUGAAAAAGAUGCCUACAAUAAUGUAUUAAGUUGUAAAAUGCAUGACUUAAUUCAUGAUCUUGCACAAUCUAUCGUCAAGUCUGAGGUUAUUAUUUUAACAAAUUAUGUAGAGAAUAUUCCAAAAAGGAUUCAUCAUGUGUCAUUGUUUAAACGGUCUGUUCCUAUGCCUAAAGAUUUAAUGGUCAAACCCAUUAGGACCCUUUUUGUGCUCUCCAACCCUGGUUCUAAUCGAAUUGCAAGAGUUAUAUCAAGCUUCAAGUGUUUACGGGUAAUGAAGUUGAUAGGGUUAUUAUCACUUGAUGCUCUAACAUCUUUAGCCAAACUAAGCCAUCUAAGAUAUCUCGAUCUUUCUUCUGGUUGUUUUGAAAUACUCCCAAGUGCUAUUACAAGAUUGAAGCAUUUACAGACAUUGAAACUUUUUCAUUGUCAGCAUCUUAAAGAACUGCCAGGAAAUAUGAAAAAAUUGAUCAACCUAAGGCAUCUUGAGAUUGAUAAAAAUAAUAGAUUGACUUAUAUGCCAUGUGGGUUGGGAGAAUUGACUAUGCUUCAAACCUUGCCAUUAUUCUUUGUAGGGAAUGAUUGUGAGGAAUCUAGGCAAAAGAGAAUUGGUAGGUUGAGUGAAUUGAAAUGCCUUGAUAGCCUCCGAGGAGAACUGAGAAUUGAAGGGCUUUCAGAUGUGAGGGGUAGUGCAUUGGAAGCUAAGGAAGCCAAUUUAGAAGGAAAACAGUACCUUCAAUGCUUGAGAUUAUAUUGGCUGGAACAAAAAGAUUCUUUGUGGGGCACAAGAACAGAAACUGCCGAGGAGAGUGAGGAGGGCUCAGAGGCUGUGUCAGUGAUGGAAAGUUUGCAACCACAUCUUAAUCUAAAGGAGCUCUUCAUAGCAAAUUACGAAGGUUUGAGAUUCCCAAAUUGGAUGAUGGAUGAUGGGUUAGGUUCGCUGCUCCCAAACCUAGUCAAAAUUGAAAUAUCGUCUUGUAACAGAAGCCAAGUCCUGCCACCUUUUGGUCAACUCCCUUCUCUUAAAUAUCUAGACAUUAUGCAGAUAGAUGAUGUGGGCUACAUGAGAGAUUAUCCUUCAUCAGCAACACCAUUCUUCCCAUCUCUGAAGACACUCCAACUUUAUUGGUUGCCUAGUUUAGAGGGAUGGGGAAGAAGGGACAUAUCAGUAGAGCAAGCUCCUUCUUUUCCUUGUCUUUCCAUAUUAAAGAUCAGUCAUUGCUCUAGCUUGAGAUCCUUGUCACUGCCUUCAUCUCCUUCUUGUAUUUCUCAAUUAGAAAUCAGAGAUUGCCCUGGUGUGACAUUCUUGCAGGUGCCUUCAUUUCCUUGCCUUAAGGAACUAUGGCUGGAUAACACCAGUACAGAGCUAUGCUUACAGUUGAUCUCUGUCUCUUCUUCAUUGAAGUCUCUGUAUAUCUCAGAAAUAGAUGAUCUGAUAUCCCUGCCAGAGGGGCUGCGACACCUCACUUCUCUCAAGUCUUUGAUAAUUGAUAAUUGUGAUAGUUUGCCCCAAGGAAUUCAGUAUCUCACUGUUCUUGAGAGCUUGGAUAUUAUAAACUGCAGAGAGGUUAAUUUAUCAGAUGAUGAUGGCUUGCAAUUCCAAGGACUUAGAAGCUUGCGUCAUUUAUAUCUUGGAUGGAUACGAAAGUGGGUCUCUCUUCCAAAGGGGCUUCAACAUGUUUCCACCCUAGAAACUCUUGAACUUAAUCGAUUAUAUGAUUUGGCAACUUUACCCAACUGGAUAGCUAGCCUCACAUCACUUACAAAGCUUAGCCUAGAAGAAUGCCCCAAAUUAACAUCACUGCCAGAAGAGAUGCGAUCCCUCAACAAUCUACACACACUCAAAAUCUCCUACUGUCGAAACUUGGUUAAAAGAUGCAAAAAGGAAGCCGGUGAAGAUUGGCCUAGGAUUUCUCAUAUUCCUGAAAUUAUCAUUAGGGAGUGAUCAAGAGGAUGAUUGGCAUUGAGGAGCAGGCAUGCCUGCUCUCUUUAAUUCAAUAGUGCUAUCCACAUUAUGUUCCAGAUUUAUUCUAUAUCAGGCCAAUACCAAAGGAGUAAUGUUGAGGAUUGGCUGAAUGCUUUCUAAUAUUUCAGAAAUAAAUGUCGACAAGUUAUGAGUAACUGCUGCACAUGGAAAGAGGUAGCCAACCAAUGCUAUCUUUAGGCUUUACAUGUUGUCUAUAACAUGUCAGCAUUAUUCAGAGGGGAGAAAACAAGGAGAAUUAGUUGGACCCUUCUUCCCAUUCCUGCCAUGAUGGAGAAAAACAUAUGGGAGCAGCUAGUAGCAUUGCCAGCAGAGAAACAGCAACGACCCUCAUUUCUGCCAUGAUUUCCUUUUCUCUCUAUUCUCUCUAAGCUGACAUCCAAGCUACUACAUCUAUAUCUUAAGGAUCCUUAGUACUACCUUCUUCGUUUCCUUUCUCCUUCCUGCUUCCCAUAAUAGUCUGUGUAUUGAUGGCUUCAAAGGACCUAACAUCUCUUCCAGAAAAGAGGUUGUGGGAAUUUCGGCAAGAGAUUUUUUGGAUGAAGAUAGCAUCAAAUUCUGAGGACUCGAGAGGCUGUGCCAAAUAAAUACUCAUCUAAUCCCAAGAUUUCAGCAACUUUAUUCCAUUGGACAAUCUAAUACUUGGGACUUUGCUUAUUCUUCAAAUUUGGCAGACUAGAUUGGUACUUCACAUCACCAAGCUCAUUAUUUUUCGUUGCCUAACUUAAAAUCACUGCCAGAUGUCAAAAGGAAGCACAUGCAGUUUGGCCUAAUGACUUCUCAUGUCCAAAGAAUUCAUAACUACUAGUCACAAAUGGGCUCCUUCUCUCGUUUUAAUUCAAGUGUACUAUCCACAAGUUAUUUCAGGAGGAAUCAUGUUGUCCACUAUUGGAGGAACAAUUUUCUAGAAUGCAAUAUUGCUGUAGUGCAAAUUCCAUUUUGGGUCUCUAUAUCUAACUCGAGGAGGUUGGACUUGGAUCAGAAGAAUUAUUCUUUGGCUACUGAAGACUGCAGUUUCAUAAACAGAUCACCUGCCUAAGGAGAAUCCGCAGUUUUAGACCCAAUAGAAGAAUCAGCUGAAAGAAGAUUAGAUGCAUUGGCAUCAAAGAAGCAAGGGCUUCUAUGAAAUACGACAGACUCAUCAAUGGAAAAAUAAUGGAGUUGUAUGUUUGGCCUCAAAUCAGGAAGCAGAUCGUUUUGACAAUGUAUAGAUGGCCAUUAUAACAUAUGAUGAUCAAGAGAUUAUUCAUGUCCUAAAAUAGUGGGAGAAGCCAAUCGGAGAUGAUUGAUAGACUUUCAAGAUACUAGAAAGUUAUGUUGUAGGUAUUUUUAUAGUACCAUGUUACAUGUUAUUGUAGGAAUUAUCAUUCUCAAACUAACUCAAACCUUUGUCUCUAGUUGAAUUAUAGGUGUGGAUCAAGUUUAAUCAAACCUGCCAAACAUGUAUUCACCUUAUCCUAACAAUACAUCAUGGUACUGUAAGAAUUUGAGAUUUGGGGCUCUGCUCAUUCCUCAAAUUUGGCAGAGUAGAAUAGUAGUUCACAUUUCGUUGUUGAGAUUGAAAUCACUGCUAGAGGGAUGUGAAAAGGAAGCAGGUGCAUAUGGGCCUAAUAGCUUAUCAUGUCCCAGGAAUUCAUAUCUAUGGAUCUCAAAUGGCUAAAGCACAGGGAACCUGUAGCUUCUCUUUUCUCAACUCGAGUCUACAAUCCACAAUUUAUUUCAGAUGGCUGGUGCAUAUGGAAUGAGUCAGUUCACUUGAAUCAAUGUGUCUGUAUUAUUUAGGAGGAAUUAUAUCUACUGUUGGAGAACGAAGUUUCCAGAAUGCAAUAUUCCUUGAGUGUAAAAUUGUCUCUGGAGUUUCUUUGUCAUUGCAUUGUAAGAUCAUCUCAUCUCCAAACUUAAUCCAUUGUUGGAAGACAUUGAAAGCAGAUCAUCAAGGAAAGAAUCUGUUCAGAUUCUUUCAGAAUGCCACAAACUGUACUGUGAAUAGGACUUGAAGAGGAGAAAUGAGUUAACUAAGACAGCUACUUAGAGGUUGAACCCAGAGGUUAGCCCAGAGCCAAGCUUUCUUAAACACACAGGGCGAAUGGAGUCCUACAUUGCCAUUGACCAAGAAAUGUUGAAUGCAUACUAAAGACUGCAGAUUGAAAAGGAUUUUUCUAUCCUUGGAGGCCUCUCAUGGUCAUGGCUUGGCAUUUUUAGACAAUCUCUGCCCUACUACUUCAUCCAAUGGCACCAAAGUUGUGGGAGAUAAAGAUGCUGCAACAGUCUUCAAUUUCAAACAGAACUCCAUGGAGCUGAUAGGUCUUGGCUGCAGCCAAAGAUCCAACUUCUUGUAGUGGCAACCUCCUAUGACAUCGGAAAAAUAAUUGAGCUUCUAUGUUUGGCCUCAAAGAAUGAAGCAUCCAUCUUUUUGACAAGGUCUAGCCUGUAGAUGGCUGUUGUGACAUAUAGUCAAGACAUUACUCAUGGUCUAAAACAAUGGGAGAAGCCAAUCCGAGACGAUUGAUCUAUACUUCCAAGAUGCUGCAAAGGAAUAAAUGUUGUGCGGAUCAAGUUUAGUCAAACUCUUGGGGAUGAUUCUUACUAGAAGAUAACCUCAUAUUCCACAACCUCGUCAAGCAUCACUGAUUAAGAGAGGAAGAAUCUAUCCAAAAUUCUCCUUGAUCUCCAUUUCUGACUCUAUUUGAAGCUUAAGCUAAGUCUCGAGGAACCAUUGGGAUUGCUUAUUUAUGACAAAUUGUUGCUCAAACGUUUGUUGCCCAUUUUUGUAAUUAAGAUUUAGCUACCUACACUCCCAACACCAAAAUCCAUUUAGCUGCGUUUACCAUUUAGAUCAAAUCUCCUCAUUGAUGGAAAUAAUCGUGUCGAGGUCUUCCGAUACAUGAUAUAUAGGCAAUAUAUUGUUGAUA